AUGUUUCAAGGGCCCAGUUCCUGCAAGAAGGCAGUCUUGAGGGACCAGCAUGAAGUCCUGAGGGAUAUUGGCCAUGGUGGGUUUGGCCAGAUAAAACUAGCCCACCAUUGGCCCAUGGGGGCAGAGGUGGCAGUGAAAGUCUUGCCGAAGACAGUGCAGAACCUCCCAGUCCUCUCUGAACCAGAUAUGAUGAGGAGCCUGGAGCAUCCCAAUGUGAUUCAGUUAUUUCAGGUUGUUGACACCCACAGAAAUAUCUAUAUGGUGAUGGAGCACGCAGGUUUGGGACAGUUAUUGGACCAUGUCCCACAGCAUGACAUGCAGGAGAAAGAGGCCUGCAGACUUUUCCAGCAGAUAGUAUGUGCCAUGGGCUACUGCCAUGACAAGGGCAUCAUGCACCAUGACCUGAAGCCAGAGAACAUCAUUCUGGAUGCCAGAGGCCACAUUAAACUUAUUCACUUUGGCUUCAGCACCACAGUCACACCUGGGCAGAAACUGCACAAGUUCUGGGGCACUCUCUCACACUUUGCCCCUGAAAUUAUCCUGAGGCAAGCAUAUGAAGGGCCCCCAGUGGACAUCUGGAGCCUAGGUGUCAUUCUGUAUUUUAUGUUGACAGGGAGGUGCCCAUUUAUGGGACCUACUGCUAAGGAGGUGCUGAGGCAGAUCGUGCUUGGAACCUACCACAUCCCUCCCUGUGUUUCUGUAGCAGCACAAAUACUCACCUGCCAAAUACUGACCCUGGACCCCAGGAAGCGGCCCACAGCCAAGCAGAUCCUUCAGCACCCAUGGCUGAUACAGGGUGAGCAGUAUUUACCUCAUGAUUAUGACGCCCAGCGGAGACUUUGGGCCGGGCCCCAGCCUGCCUGUACGGCCACAAACCUGGCCUCCCGGCCUCCCCGCAUCCCAGCACCCCCGUCCGCGGACACAUCCUUCCGACCACCUGUGGCGGAGUCUAAGUCUAAGGUAACCUCGGUGGCGGUUCACAGGCUGCGCUAUUUGGGGAGCCCCGUAAGGCCACAGCUCCGCAGCCCCAGCAUUCUGACCUCUGCCGCUGGGGUUGCCUUGCGCCCCGCCCCGCUAGUGGCCGCUCAGCCAAUGAACGGAGGGUGGGACCGGGUUUGCGCUUCGCCGGCACGAAGACCCUGGCUCUGGGUCGCAAACUCGGAGUGUGUGGGUCUGGUGGCUGCCGUAUAUUGUCGAUGGGAACAUGGGGAGACUACCCCUUCGAUGCAUUGGUUUCCCAUCUGCAAAAGCAUGUCAGGGUGA